AUGGCUCAAGCUCAAGCACGAAAUGAGCAAGCCGACAUCAGCGACAAGGCCGUCGAGGCCGCAACCGAUUUCUUCCACCAAAUCUACUCGUUGAUCGAAACCGUCAUCAAGCGCUUCUUCAAGAACUCCUGGGCCUCCGUCGCCGAGAUGAGCGGCAAGCGCUGGACAAAGGUCAUUCUCAGCGUCGUCUUCUACCUUUGUGUACGACCCUACAUUGAGAAACUCUUCAAGUGGAUGCACGAUCGUGACCGCAAGAAGGAGAAGGCGAAGAAGGAGGCCGAGCGCGCUGCCUUCGGCAAGAAGAAGGCUAAGGUCUCGCCGAAUGCGCUGCGCGGCGGCGAGUCGGGCAAGGUUCUUGGCGAGGUAGAGGAUAGUGAUGAUGACCUUGUUGCUGAGGAGGGUGAGGAGGAUACCCUUGCGGCUGCUAGUGGGGUUCCGGAGUGGCAUGGUAUGGCUCGGAAGCGCCAAAAGAAGUACAUCAAGAACCUCCAGAAGCAAGGGCAGAAGGCGGAGAAGCUUUCUGAGGAGCAGAUCAUGGAGCUCUUGGAUUGGAGUGAUGAGGAGGCUGCGAAGAAGGAUGCUUAG